CGACCUCUAGUAGAGAGCUUUCUAGAAAAAACCGAGUAAUAUGUUUAACCAUGGUUAACCCCAAAAUAGCACAGGAGUUGGUGGGCCACUGAGAAUUUUGAGGCCGAAACCAUUGAAGCAAAGCACGGGCUUCAGAUUUGAACAAUACUUACCCUUCACAGCUCUAAUUCUAUCAUAUAUUCAAGGUAUUUAUUCUUUCAAGAAAAUUUUCACUACUUAUUUAUGGAGUCUAUUGCUUAUAGAAAUGAAAAGAAGCACAAAAAAUUUCUUGUAAUUGGAAUUGAUGGGUCAAUCUUUAUCCACCAGUUGAUUUGCUUAAUGUAUUUUUGAAGAGCAACUAUAAUGAUAAUAAAUAGAUUGGAUGUUGUAUGACUUGUGUUCUCUCUUCAGUAAUCCUUAGUGAAACUUUUCUGUCAUAAAUAUGUGUGUGUGUGUGUGAGAGAUAGUAUUUGUGGUGUCCUGGUCAGUUUUUGCGCAACUCGACUAAAUCCACAAGAUACUGGUAACCGUGGUGUCCGGAUCAGUUUUCGCACACCUCAACUAAAUUCACAAGAUACCCAUUUCCGUGGUGUUCGGGCCAGCUUUCACACACCUCGACUGAAUCCACAAGAUAUUGGUAACAGUGGUGUUCGGGAAAGCUUUCUGCACCUCGACUAUAUCCAGAAAAUACCAUAACCGUGGUGUUCAGGCCAGCUUUCGCGCACCUUGACUAAAUUCACAAUAUACUGAUAAUCGUGGUGUUUGGGCUAGCUUUUGACUAAAUCCACAAGAUAUCCACCAGCACAUAUCUAGUAACUCUGUCCACCAAAGCUAGGGCAGAUGGGAAGAAUCACAUAGUGUUUUUUUCAUUUGAACCCAAGAAGCGUUCUCAGCCCACUACAUUGACCACUAGGCCACGCCCUUGGGUUGUGCUGUUGCUCCUCUUUAUUUCGUAUUCCUACUCACAUUCCCUUUAGUCAUUUGUUGGUCAUACGUACACAAGCUAGCUACACCUUAAUCUAUUUAGCAUACAGUUGCAACUUGCAAGACAGUGCUGCGCUGACAUCUUACAGUUACCAUCAUUUGAGCUGUCAUUAGGGGUUCAUUCAAGGAAUAAGCGGUAUAAUACCAACUUCCACUGUAUCAAGAGAAGAAAAGAAAAGAAACUGACACUAUCCAAAGAAACUGACACUAUCCACAACAUGAUCAAACUGUUUGAUUCUCAUUGUCACCUCCAAGAUCCAAGGAUCAUUGAUAUGGUCCCAAAAAUUGUUAAGACCACAACUGAAGCAGGAGUUGUCUAUUUUGCUGUCAAUGGUGUGUCAGAGAAAGAUUGGCAUUUGGUCAAGGAAAUGAGUGAUCAAUACCCUUGUAUUGUUCCAAACUUUGGGCUCCAUCCCUGUUUUAUUACUGAAAGGACUCCUAAUUGGCUGAAAACUUUGAGGGGAUUUUUGGAGUCUACUCCUCCUGCUGCAGUUGGAGAGAUUGGUUUAGAUAAAGGUUCAUUUGGAAGGAAGAUUGAUUUCGCCGACCAGGUGGAUGUCUGUCGACAGCAGCUUCAACUUGCCAAAGAGUUGGAAAGACCUGCAUCCAUACACUGUGUUCGUGCAUUCGGGGAUCUUCUUGAAUUAUUAAAAUCUGCGGGGCCAGUUCCUUCUGGUUUCAUCCUGCAUUCUUACCUCGGGUCUGCCGAAAUGGUUCCUGAAUUUGCCAAGCUUGGUGCUUACUUCUCCUUUUCUGGGUUCCUUAUGUCAAUGAAGGAAAGCAAGGCGAAGAAAAUGUUAAAGUCAAUUCCUAAGGACAGGAUCUUGUUGGAGACGGAUGCACCAGAUGCUUUGCCGAAAUUGAGCAAUCCAGAUUCUCUGUAUUUGAUCGAGAAGGAAGCUUCAUCAGCUGAUGGAAUUUCAAGUGGAGGAAUUAAUGAAGGAAAUCCGUCUGAGAAAUCACCCGUGGAGGAUAAAGACAAUGGAAAACAGGCACAAAAAAUCCAUAACCAUCCUGCAAACAUUCAACAUGUACUCUCCUACGUUGCAUCGUUACUUGAGCUGACAAAAAAAGAACUUGCUGAGAUAAGCUUUGCAAAUGCUUCUCGACUCUUUUCUUAUGAAGGUUCAAAGGUACUGCAAUAGGUAAAAAUAACUUGUCUAUGACAUGCACUAUUGGUUUCUAAGAAGAAAUGCUUCACUUUUGAUUUGUGAUGGUUAUACUUCAAUCAGUCCCUAUGUAUAAUGACAAUCAUAAUUCAUCUAAACUAAAUGUUUCAUCGACUAAUUACUGCAAAAA